AUGGUCCUUGUGGCUGAGGCCUACUCGGGCAGUGAGUGGGGUGGACGGCCACCGCCUCGCUAUCCUGUCUGGUUGCCGCAGAUUGGAGCCCCGGUACUGGACACUACCGGCUCUGUCCCCCCACCCCUUUGGGCCGGGUGGGUGAUCCUGGUCUCGCCCCUAGGGGAUCGACCAUUCCUACUGCCCAUCUGUGGGUGGAGCAAGCGGAUUAUGCCACUGAGCCACUGGGCUCAACAAGGUCCUAGCGGACUUUUGGAGAAACCUGACAUGAUGCCUGAGUCUGGAGCAAUGCUUUAG